AUGUACCGCACCAAUGACCCCCGUUUCCGCCGCCGUCUCCACGACAUCUCCGCGACGCUCGAGUCGGCCAACGAAUCCGCCCAGUCCUCGCUCUACAUCUUCGGCCAGCGCUAUGUGCGACCGUGCCUGGACUCCGUCGGCUCGAGCAUCACUUCUUGUGUCGAUGCGUCCUGUCCGUCGUUGAACAUCAGCCAGAACCAACGCGAGCGCGAUCGGAGACGCAGGCAGAGAGGUCGCGGGAGGGCCGAAUUGAGCUUUGACUUCUACGAUGAUUGGGAUGAUGAGCUGGAGGGCGAAGGAUGGGGUUGGGGCAAUGAUGAGUUCGAUCGAUUGGUCGGCGCUGGUGGGAGUGCUGGCUACGGCACUGUAAGCAGCACAACGCAACAGCCUGGCAGACAGAGAGGGAUGAGCUAUCCCAAAGGACGACGGAAAAGCGCUGUGCUGCCAAACGACGGUGCACCAGCAGGCGCGGUAAUACCAGGCUCGGGCGGUUUCUGGAGUAGGCUCUUUGGUGGGAAGCCUGCGCGCUAUAAGCCUUCGGCCGCCGAUCUGCAGGAGCAUCCUGGUGCCAAACGACACCGAAGAGAUCGUACGGAAGGAGAAGCGCUGCUGGACGACAUUGACGAAGAUACCGGUCAUCGCACGCAUCGACGAAACCGUAGUGGGACCCAAGGUACCACUGCCUCGGAAUCGAGCCUCAGCAGUCGCGGUGACUUGUUCCCGUCAGAUGAGGAAGACGAUGCGAUUCCCUUGGACGAUGAGUUCGCAAUGGUGUUAGAACGAAGAACAACGCAGUCAGGUAAUAUGAGCGGCGGGGCUUCAGGUCAAGAGACGGAAAGCGCAAGCUCUGGCAAGACGAGAGACAAACGCGGGAAGAGACCCAGUGCGGGCAGUAGGACGAGCACAAGACGAACCGCGUCUUCAAGAAGUCUACAAAGCUCAGGGGUGCGGAAAGAUUCUACUAGGAGUAGGACAGGAAGCACUGCCUUACCGAUUGAUGAAGAUCAGGGCCAGGAGGACGCAGAGCCGAGCUUGUCUUUCGCGGAGCUUAAAAGCGAGGAGAGGCGAAUAAAGCUGGAGGAGGAGGCGCAAGUCCAUCGAAAACGAGCGGAAGCGAAGAGACUGGCCCAAGAGCGCGGCCUGGCGGAGGACUUGUCCAGCAAAGAGGCAACACCUCACCCAGGAACUUCACCGCAAUCAACACCUGUCAGCAGAAACGACGAGCCCAGCCAGCUACCCACACCACUGGCGACAGACGACGAAGAAGGUGAGGCAGAUGCAUGCAAGAACCAGUCUACCGCACAAGGAGACAAAGAUAAAGAUACCCAGCCUUGA